GCGGGGCUAUAAGUGAGGGCGGCUCGGAGAGGGGUACAGUGCUGGAGCCAUGGGGAAUCGUGUCACCCGCGGGGACUUCGAGUGGGUCUAUACUGAGCAGCCCCACACGCAGCGCAGGAAGGAGAUCCUGGCAAAAUAUCCAAGGAUCAAGGCUCUGAUGGGACCAGAUCCACAUUUGAAAUGGAUUGUAUCUGGAAUGGUUUUCACGCAGUUGCUAGCAUGCUAUCUGGUGAAAGACUUGUCUUGGAAAUGGAUUUUCUUCUGGGCUUAUGCUUUUGGGGGUUGCAUCAACCAUUCAUUGACCCUAGCCAUCCAUGAUAUUUCACACAACGUCGCCUUUGGGAACAAGCAGGCCAAGUGGAACCGAUGGUUUGCAGUCUUUGCCAACUUGCCGGUUGGCGUUCCUUACUCUGCUUCCUUCAAGAAAUACCACAUAGACCACCAUCGGUACCUUGGUGGGGACAGCCUGGAUGUGGACAUUCCCACGGAUUUUGAAGGCUGGUUCUUCUGCACACCGCUUCGGAAACUGCUUUGGCUCUUUCUCCAACCUCUAUUCUACAGUCUGAGACCGCUGUAUGUGAACCCCAAAGCAAUUACACAGAUGGAAAUUUUUAAUGCCCUUGCGCAGUUUUCUGUGGAUUUUAUUAUUUUCUACCUUUGGGGACUCAAACCUAUUAUUUACUUAAUAGCAGGUUCAAUUCUUUGCAUGGGCUUACAUCCCAUAUCUGGGCACUUCAUAGCGGAACACUACAUGUUCUUAAAAGGAUAUGAGACGUACUCUUAUUAUGGACCUCUGAACUGGCUCACCUUUAAUGUAGGCUAUCACAUGGAGCACCAUGAUUUCCCCAGUAUUCCCGGAAGCAAGUUGCCAAUGGUGAAGAAAAUCGCUGCAGAAUACUAUGACAACCUCCCCUACCACCAGUCCUGGAUUAGAGUCCUGUGGGACUUUGUAUUUGAUGACAGUAUUGGUCCUUACUCAAGGGUUAAGAGAAAAUGCAAACUGGCAAAAGAAAGCUAACAGAGCAGCUUCAGCUGCUGCAGUAGCAUUUUGUUUGUUUGAAUGGUUUGAGUGCUCUGCAGAAGAAGGAUGCUUUGCUUGAUGUAGCAUUGCUACGCGCUCUUGGGACGAAGAGGAUGAGUGUCUGCACUAUUUAAAAUACUGAUAUUUUUAAUAAGGGAUAUUUUAUGUAACCUUAAAAAACUAGAUGAGAGCAAGCCACACUCGCAUGAAUCUUGGUCUAGAAUUAGAAUUAACUUCCUGGGACAUGUGCGUCCAAUUUGGAGUUUUGGCCUGGUCUGCAAUGAAGAAUAUUUGGUCCAUGAAUGGGCGUGCUUGUGUUUAGGUUAGGACUGGUUUCUCUUCAUGCCAAGCUAGAUGUAGAUGCUUUGCAUGCAUCAGACUGUGGAAGCAGGGAUGACUGGCAUGCAGUAGCAAAUGAUACUUUCUAGAGAGCACAAGGGUGCCCUCAACUCAAAGCAUUGCCUAAAUAUCUUGUGCCUGACAAUAGCUGCUUGCAGUGAUUUUGUAUGUGAAAUGGAAUACAUGUGUUUUGGUGUUGUUUUUUUUUUUUUUAUAUCUGAAUCAAUAUUUUAUUAGCUGCUGUUUGACCUCUAUUUCAGGGCUUUUCCUAAACCUUUUCUGAGCCAUCUCUAUUCUUAGUAUUUGAUGUUCAGUGUAACUUAUUGACAGAGUUGAAUUGAGAUGUGGAAAAACCCUUUCUUUCUUUAAUCUUCAGCUCACUGACCAGCAAUGUGGCAUACUGCAGCUCGUGUUGUGAGAAAUGGCUAAUCCUUUUCCACUCAUCCUUUCAACAGUACUCAGAAUUUCAUAUUUCCUCAUACCUUUCACUACUAGAAGCCCCUCUGGGAGUGGAAGGGUUCUAGUUUAAAUUGCUCCUUAUAAGGGCUUUUACUAUUCCUGAUCAUCUAUCAUGGUCUUCUGUGUAUUGUACCUAUUUCUGUGGAUAGGAGUCGCUAUCACUGAAGACACUGGAGAUGUUAUGGUGACAUUUGUUCCUAAUCACUUUCAGUACAGUUCUAACUUUUUCUGUGAUUCAAUGGGAACUGACUCAGCAAUCAGGAAGCAUGUGUUAUUCCAGCUAUAAAAACCAUCCCUAAUGGUGAUAAGGGGAUAUAAAUGGGAUGUGGUGCUGGUGUUGUUUCUCUCCCUGCAUGCAGUAUAUUGCACUAUUGACAUUGACCUAGAUCUGCCAUUUCUAGCCCUUGGAAUAAUUCCAUCUUCCUGCCUCUCUUCUCCAACCACCAGCUUCUGGAUACCCUCAAUAACAGUAUUUCAUCAAAAAAAAAAACCUUAGUCACCAUACCGUUCUCCAUGCAGAAAAUACUGAAAAAUUUCUUGGGAGCUAGGAGCUCAUAUGUCAUCUAACAACUCCCCUGCACUCUGGAAAGCUGACCACUUAUAUCUGUCCUUACUAAGUGGACAAAAGAGAACAGAUCUACAAAGGUUCUCUUAAAAACUGAGAGUUUAAUCCCUCCAGUGGUUUUGACUUUUUGUUUUCUUCUAGAAAUCCAUGUAUGUUACAAAUGUGGAAUAAUAAUUCCCUAUAUGUUGAGCUCUUCAAGACCAUUACUGGACCUGGGAUGCCCGACUUCCUCAAUAAAUACAGUUUCGUUCUUAUCUCCUACAGCACUGCACCCAGUGAGUCAUAUUGGUAUGACUUUUUGGCAGUUUGUCUCAGUCCUGCUGGCACUUCAUGAUCAGAUAUUCAACUUCCAGUGUCCUUAGUGUUUCACAACUCUCAGCCAAUUUAGUAAGCAAACAUAAGAAGAAUAUUAAAGAUUAUUGUGUUCCUCAUUCUGUGUUAUUCCUCUGUAGAGAAUGACUUUUCUCUAGCUCCCUUAGCUGCUCUACAGUAUCAUUAACCUACUUGAUCCACAUGUUAAUAGCCAAGCCUGAUACAGAAACUACACUAUAAACUGAAGGUAACAAAAGUUGUUGACUGUGUCUCACCUGCACAGCAGCUGUGUUCCCAUUCUCCUUUGUCACAGUCCUCCCAUUCUGCAGAGGGACUUGAAGGUGCUGGAAGUCCUGAUAUCUGCUGUGCUCUCAAGCAGCAAAGUACCAGUUUAAGAGGAUCACUGGUCUCCUGGUGAGGUUGAUCACAGCAGCUGUUCUCUACCCUUAACACCUAACAGGUAGCCUCAGAACUUCAGUGAUGGGAUGGAUUUAUAGUGCUGAGUAAAGCACCUGGAGAUGGGACCAGGUGUUAUUGCUUCUACCAGCUAAGCCCCCCUGUCCAUCCUGUGCACCUUGGGACUCUGCUCCCAUUAAAUGGCCCUGAACAAACUUCAGUUGAUUGUCUCAAUGACAGGAGGUGUCACCAUAGGACCACGCUGUAUCCAGGCUGUACUCAACCUUGUGACAGUGUGGUUAUCGCUGACUGUAGGUGUAGUGCCACACUCCAAGGUAAAACAUGAACUGAGCUGGGGCCCAAAUUUGUCAAGCUUAGUAUUUUUUAAUCUUUGUCAAGAUUAAUAGAGACUUUCACAGAAUGGCUGUGACUAUCUGUGAGGCAGAAGUUCAGAAAAGCACUUGCUGUUGUCAGGUAUGCCAUCAAAUAGCAUAGGACAAGGGGUAAAGGCCUUACAUUGCACCAGGGAAUGUUCCAGUUGAGUAUUAGGAAAAGUUUCUUCUCACAAAGAGCAGUACUGCAUUGGCACAGGCUGCCCAGGGAGGUUGGGGGGUCACUGUCCCUGCAGAUGUACAAGAAGUGUGGAGGUGUGGCACUGAGGUGUAUUGUUGGUGGGCAUGGUUGGGUGGGUUGAUGGUUGGACUAAACGAUUUUAGAGGUCUUUUAAUUAUUCCAUGAAAUGGUUUUAUAAUUAAGAAACACAUGAGAUAUUGUAUAUUUAUACAGCAGACUAUAAUAAACUUUAGUGAUGUUUGGCUGA